UCCGCGCUUCGGAACACCUUUUGGGCGGUUGUGGCGAAAAACGCGAAUCUCUUCUACAUUUCGCGCGGACUGCGUCUCGCGCUCUGCGUUCCCGACAGUUGUCACAAACAGGAAAUCCAAACUCUGUUGGCGUCGCUCUUUCGCGCGACUCUCGGACUCCACUUCUCCAUUGGCCACGACUGCCAAACACGUGACUCGAGGACUCCGCUGACGUCAGCGCAGAUCGCGUCCAUUGUCGUCCUCUCCGUCGUCGCGGUCGUCGUCUUCGUCGCCACUUUCGCCGACGUCGUUUUCCACAGCGCCCACACACUCAUCACGUGCUUCUCCGUGCGCCAAAACGCGCGCAAACUCUUCCUCUCGUCCACAACCACUUCGCGUCUCUCCGCCAUCCACGGCCUGCGCGUCCUGUCGAUCGCGUGGAUUCUCGUCGGU